AUGACAUGUGAGAACAAGAAAUGGUAUGCAACCAAAUACCCUUUUGGAGUACAUUAUAUCACGAAUGACUCCGAAACCAAAUUCAUUACUGAAGGUUUGGAUGGAAAAAGGUCGGAAAUCGAAAGUGUUAUGUGCCUCCCUAUUGAGCCCAAAUGCAGGUGCUCCGAUAUUACUGAUAUUGUUUACUCAUCAUUUGACUCAGAUAUAAAUGACAUACUAAUUACUGAGAAAGAUGGUUGCGUUAAAAAUAUUACUUGCCGUGAUAGUUAUUUGACGUAUGUCACAACUUCUUUUAGUACAUCAGAAAUCGUUCGCCCUGAUGAUAGUCAUGAAGAUAGUAAAGCAUAUGUGGACAGUGCUGAUCUUCAAACUGGGGUACUAACAGGAUCUGUUGAUGUAUUUUCUUUGUUUGGAAUGACAUGUGAGAACAAGAAAUGGUAUGUAACCAAAUACCCUUUUGGAGUACAUUAUAUCACGAAAGACUCCGAAACCAAAUUCAUUACUGAAGGUUUGGAUGGAAAAAGGUCGGAAAUCGAAAGUGUUAUGUGGUAA